AAUCUACUACCGUGGUUGGAGUUGAUUUUGGACCUACUAGUCUCUCUCCCUCUCUCUUUUUCUCUUCAUAAAAAUUAAUCGAUAUUUGAAAUUCGACCCCGUUCCACCCAUUCAAUCUUCCAUGGACGCCCCUCCACCUUCUUCCAAACCCCUCCACUCCCCUACCGUCGCCUCCACUGACGCACCCCCCACCGCCGCCUCCGCCGUCGCCGUCGAUUCCAAUUCAACGGCCGAAAUCCUGCCCCCAUCAAAACCCACCAUCAACGGCGGCAAAUCCAUCACCAUCAAAACCAAGAAGAACCAGAAGAAGAAGAAGAAGCUCUUCAUGGAUGGCUCUGAAGCAACAUCGUCUUCAACCUCGUCGGUUUGUUCUACCUCGCAUUCUAUACAGAGAGGGGUACGCGUUGCAACUAAGCAACGAAACCCUAGAGUCUUGAUCGCUUCGGCUCGGCAAAAGGAAUGCGAUGUCGAGGCCUUGGCUCUCCCUCUCGGAAUGUCGAUUGCUGCUGUUGUUGCUCAGGUCCUGGAAAGAAAGUAUGCUACUAGGGAAACAAUGGCUGUUGAUCACCUUUCUAAGAUCUGCUCUUUGGCUGUCAGAGAAUCUUUAGCCAAUGUAUUUGGGGACAACAAGUUUGAAUUGUUUGUGAGGAACUUUGAGAAAUCAUUCCGGAGCACCUUGAUGACUCUUAGAUUAAUCAAUGAAUCUUCUCAAUACAUUGGAGAACACCCAAGAUAUUCAAACAAAGAAAAUGACUAUUUAGAUGUGAUUCCUCCAAUGUCUCUCAACAAAGAACAUGGUUUCUCUUGCAGUUCUAGCAUAAAAGCUUGUCAUUCAGAAGAAGCUGAGGAGCAUUUUGGCACUCUUGAAGAGAGAGAGCAAAAUAUGCAAAUUGAUUCAAAAACUCAGGAGCUGGUUUUGCAUGGUGGGGGAAUAAACCGACAGUUGUCCUGUGUUUCUUCUUUCACAAAUCGUUCUGUAAUUAACCAGUCUGUGUUUAGCACCCUUGAAAAAUCUGUCAUUGAACAAACUCGUUCUAACGACCUCAAGGCAUUUGAGAUUGGUCUCAUCACGAAAAAAUUACAACUGAAAGAGAAACAGCUUUCUCUUAACUCUGAUUUAAAUUUCUUGGAGAGGUGCAAAUUAUCUAUGGGUAUUUCAAAGGCAUCAUUUAAAGCUGAGAAAUUCAAAAAUGAAUUAGAAGAAACAAGACAUGCUGUGCUGCUUAAAACGUGCAUAGACUGUCUUGUUGCUGGUUUGCUCAUCAUGUUGGCCUCAGUUGCAUAUGGAGCUUAUGUUUAUUCACACAACAGGCUAACUGAAGCUACCGCAUCCUGUACGCCUUCUGAGAGGUCCAAGUCUUGGUGGGGGGUCCCAAACCCCAUGGCAUCUGUCAAUUCAGGACUGCGAAUCCUGUGGUGUCAGGUUCAAGUUGUCAGCCGUAUGCUAUUUGGCAUGUUAAUGAUCUUGGCAAUUGUGUAUUUGCUUCUCCAGCGUUCUGCGAUGUCUACACAGACAAUGCCAAUUACCUUCAUUCUCUUGCUAGUAUUUGCCUGUGGUUUUGCAGGCAAGCUUUGCAUAGACACAAUGGGGGGAAGUGGAUAUCAUUGGCUCUUGUAUUGGGAAGUUCUAUGCUUUUUGCAUUUAUUUUCAAAUGUUUGGACCUCGGCUUUGUUCCUUAUUCUCCAUGGUCCCAUUACCGUGUGUCAAGGGCCAAACAGCAGUACAAUAGUCCCUUAUUGGAUCAGGCGAUUUUUGUUCUAUGCCACCAUGCUUCUGUUUCUACCAUUGCUAUGUGGUCUUGUGCCUUUUGCAAGUCCUGUGGAGUGGAAAGAUCACUUCUCAUCAAGGGUGAUAGAUUUCUUGCAAAGUACCAGUGAUUAAAACUGAAGCCGUGUGGUAAGAAGAGCCUACUGCAUUUUACAUCAAGUCAAAGGUAUUCUCUUCGCUCUCGACUAUUAGUAGUUUUUUUUUUUUUUUUAUCUGUACUACUACUCAGAUGAAUGUAGUGUAUUUGGCAAACACAAGAACACAGGUGUGUUGACGCGGGCGAUUGUUCUAAUUUUAUUUAUCAAGUAAUAUUAUUACCUUCCUCAAUUUGUCUGUUAUUUUGGGGUUUUCUUGUUAAGGGGAAACGAAAUAGAGCUGGGUUCCGAGUUUGUACUUGAUUUGUAUUGUAACAUUAAGUUAUACUAUAAGCUGAAUACAUUGACACAAGUUAUGUAACUUCGCACCUUGUACUUUGCACAUUACUGUUUUUGUUUUAUUUUUAGCAGUGUUGAUUCUGUUGAAAUGACAAUGGUUGUUGAUUCA